UUUCCAAGAUGGCGGUGGAGGGAGGAGGGAAGGAGAUGAACGAAAUUAAAACUCAAUUCACCACUCGGGAAGGCGUCUAUAAACUCCUUACGCACUCCGAAUACAGCCGUCCCAACAGAGUGCCUUUUAAUUCACAGGGCUCCAACCCGGUCAAAGUCUCUUUCGUGAACGUCAACGACCAGUCUGGUAACGGCGACAGAAUCUGUUUCAAUGUGGGCCGGGAACUCUACUUUUAUAUUUACAAAGGCGUGAGAAAGGCUGCCGACCUGAGCAAGCCCAUAGACAAGCGGAUCUACAAGGGAACACAGCCCACAUGUCAUGACUUCAACCCGCUAUCUGCGACGGCCGAGAGCGUCUCCCUGCUGGUGGGCUUCUCCGCCGGACAGGUGCAGCUCAUCGACCCCAUCAAGAAGGAGACCAGCAAGCUGUUCAACGAGGAGAGGCUGAUCGAUAAGUCGCGGGUGACGUGCGUGCGGUGGGUGCCGGGCUCGGAGAGCCUGUUCCUGGUGUCGCACGCCAGCGGCAGCCUGUACCUGUACAACGUGGAGCACAGCUGCGGCUCCACGGCGCCCCACUACCAGCUGCUGCGCCAGGGCGAGGGCUUCGCCGUGCACACGUGCAAGAGCAAGCAGGCGCGCAACCCGCUGCGGCGCUGGACCGUGGGCCAGGGCUCGCCGACGCCGACGCUCAACGAGUUCGCCUUCUCGCCGGACGGCCGGCACGUGGCGUGCGCCAGCCAGGACGGCUACCUGCGCGUGCUGGGCUUCGACGGCGGCGAGCUGCACGGCGCCAUGAAGAGCUACUUCGGCGGGCUGCUGUGCGUGUGCUGGAGCCCGGACGGGCGCUACGUGGUGGCGGGCGGCGAGGACGACCUGGUGACGGUGUGGUCGUUCGGCGAGCGGCGGGUGAUCGCGCGCGGCCACGGCCACAAGUCGUGGGUGAGCGUGGUGGCGUUCGACCCGUGCACCACCACCAUCGUGGGCGUGGACGGCGACGCGCCGGCCGAGUUCAGCGGCAGCGACGACGACUUCCAGGAACCGCCCACGCCCGUGCCGCCGCCGGCGACGACCGCGACGGACUUCGGGCGCGAGCGGGCCAACAGCGCCCAGUCGCGCCUCUCCAAGUGCAACUCCACGGACGGCUGCGCCAUGAGCGUCUCGUACCGCUUCGGCUCGGUGGGCCAGGACACGCAGCUGUGCCUCUGGGACCUCACCGAGGACAUCCUGUUCCCCCACCUGCCCCUGUCCCGCACGCGGACUCACACCAACGUCAUGAACGCCACCGCUACCACUAACACCACCACCACCACCACCACCACCACCACGACGAACGCCACCCCAAACGCCAACAGCACGACGGGCACCAACGGCGGCGGAGGAGACAAGACGCCCGUGCUGUCCCACCCGCAGACCAACUGCCUGUCCGGCGGCGGCGGCGGUGGCGGCGGCUCGCUGCCGCGCUCCAACAGCCUGCCGCACUCCACCGCCGCGCCAGCAGGGGGCAGCACCCCCAACAGCCACCCCAAGGCCAGCAGCAUCAUGGAGAGCGCGCUGAUCGCCACCGGCGUGCACAAGUUCGCCACGCUGACGCUGGCGCACGACUCGCGCAAGGAGCGCCACCACGACAAGGAGCACCGGCGCAACCACAGCGUGGGCAACUACAUCGGCAGCAAGAGCAACGACAAGCUCAACCAGCUGAGCGGCUCGCGCUCGGCCACCUCGGGCUCGGGCUCGGCGGGCACAGCCGCCGGGCCGGGCAGGACUCUGGGCACGAGCCUGUGCCCGCACAUGGAGGAGGUGCCCCUGCUGGAGCCGCUGGUGUGCAAGAAGAUCGCCCACGAGAGGCUCACCGUGCUCAUCUUCCUGGACGACUGUCUGGUCACCGCCUGCCAGGAGGGGUUCAUCUGCACGUGGGCGAGGCCCGGCAAGGUGGGCCUUCUGUCAUCCCAGAAUCCGGGCAGCUCUCCGAGCGGGACGGUCGUAUAGCCUGCAGGGGGCGCCGUGCUGCUUAGCUGAGCGGAGCUCCACAGUGCAAGGGGCGCGUCAGACGGACCUGGCCCAGCAGGGGGGCCUGCGGAUGCGGGUGAGAAUCCUCCUCUGCCGGCCUCUGCCCAGAACGAGAGUGGAGAGAGCGCGAGAGCCAGACGGCCGCCGGAGGGGGUUCAUCGGGAGGAAGAGGAAGAGUGGGCAGAGCCAGCGCUGGAGAAGAGGGCACUGUUGGCCAGCAUGGCGAGGGAGGGCCCUUGCGGAUGUGUGAAAGGGCCCCUGGAAGUCCUGCGAUGUUCUGUGGAUAAGAGGAAGAGGGGAAUCUCGCCCCUUUUUUUAAGUUCUGUUUUAAACCUCCCUCUCAGUUUGGCUGAACCCCCCCCCCCCAACCACCACAUCCAUUUAUUGCCACUACCACUCCAUUCUCAUUUCUGUUUUCGUUUGUUUGUUUGUUUGUUUGUUUGUUUGUUUUGUCUUUGUCCCUGUUAGCUGAGUGUGUGUUGAGUGUGUGAGAAACACUGUGCUGCACUCCACUGUUGUCCACGGACGUUCAUCAUGUAAUCCUCGUCGUCUUCUUCUAUAAGGGAUGCCUGAGGCUGGAAGACUGGGAGAAGGACAAAGAGAAUUCCUAUUUAAUUAACCCAUCCACACAGCAUCCUCCAGCGUUUUUGCACUGAUCUAGUGUGUGUGUGGUUGUGUGUGUGUGUGGUUGUGUGUGUGUGUGGUUGUGGUUGUGUGGUUGUGGUUGUGUGUUGUGUGCAUGUGGUUGUGUGCGUGUGGUUGUGUGUGUGUGCGUGCGUGUGUGUGUGUGCGUGUGUGUGUGUGUGUGGUUGUGGUUGUGGUUGUGUGUGUGCAUGUGGUUGUGUGCGUGUGGUUGUGUGUGUGUGCGUGCGGUUGUGUGCGUGUGCGUGUGCGCGUGUGUGUGUGCGUGUGCGUGUGUGUGCUCAGAUGGAGCAGAAGUCCCUUAAAGAGUACUGUGCUGGCACUAGGGGACUAUGGGAAGGCAGCUUCCUCCGUGAGAUGGAUCCUGCAAUCAUAGUUUUUUAUUAUAAUAAUAAUAAUUAUUAUUGUUAUUAUUAAGAUGAAAGGAGAUCAUGUUUGCACUUAAUAGUUUGCAAGAGCAGAGAGGCUUUACAAUCUUUGGAGUGUAAAAUGACUCCAUGACAAGGUUGUUUAAAGUAUAAAUAGAUGUAAGAAAUCUUUGUACCUAAGGAACAUUUAUUUUAAUAUUGUGUCAGAUAAAGAGAUGGUCUGUAUUAUAUAUGUAAAUAUUGUAAGUCAAGGAUUUAUGGGGUGAAAUCAUUAUUAUAAUAGAUAGGUCUUCACUUCUGAGAAAUAGUGAGAUUUCUAAUGCAGAAUAUAUAUGACUACACACGCAUAUAAUAAUAUUAAAAUAAUCUUGAAUACAAUUCAA